GCUCGAUUUUGUCCCCGGACUGUAUAUAUACACUUGGUUGCAUCCGAAUCUCGAAACGUGCUACCGCUUUCCUCAAGCGGCAAUUAAAAACCCGACGUCGCCGUUGGCCAUCGACAGUGUCUUCCAGAAGUGUCUACAAAACAGAAAACCGUUAGUAACGUAAUUACAUUUGCACGCGAAUGUUUUAAAACCGGUGGAAUAGUUUGAACAAAAAGCAAAUGGGGAUCGAGAGAACGUCGAACGCGAGGAUCUACGCGGUGACGUUCGUAGACAGUGAGCAUGGCCCAGUUAACCGUGGGGAUGUUUCUUGGAUGGACGUCACCCAUGUUGCCGAAAUUAUUGGCAGAGGAGUCGUCCUUCAAGAUGACAGAGGUUGAAGCUUCCUGGAUAGUAUCCUUACUGAAACUAGGAAUGGCGUUCGGGUGUUUCCUCUCGACGUUCGUCGUCGAUUUCCUGGGCAGAAAAAUCGCAAUAUUGCUCGCCAUCGUCCCAACAAUUGCAAGCUGGCUACUGACAGUGUGGGGCAGAUCGAUCAUGAAUCUGUAUUUGGCGCGUGUGAUAGGCGGGGCUGCAAGUGGCAUAAUUUUCACGGCAGGUUCGAUGUACGUGACGGAGAUAGCUCCGCAGCAAGUACGCGGAGCUCUGGGCAGCUACUUCGUGUUAAUGGAUUACUGCGGUAAUCUUCUGGGCUACGUGGUGGGCUCGCUCACCAGCAUGGAAGAGUACUCCUACGUGGCGAUAUCGCUAUCGAUACUACAGUUCUCCAUGUUCGUUUGGUUCCCCGAAACCCCCUACUAUCUGCUGCGACGUAAACAUUACGGGUCCGCCAUGGAUUCCCUGAUAUUCUUGCGCGGUUCAGCUGUCAUCGCCGAGGAAAUGGACUCCAUUAUGAAAGCGGUGGAGUGUGAACCCGAGAACAGCGGGGCGUUCUCCUCUAUUCUUCAUCUGAUCAAUCAACCAGGUGGUAAGAAGGAGAUCCUGAUCGGUGCGUGCAUAAUGACGAUGCAGGCGUUCUCAGGCUCGAUCGUGGUGAUCGGUUACGCCCAGACGAUCUUCGAGUACAUCCACGACAUCCAGAUGCCGGGAUCGUACAUGAGCAUCAUCCUGGCGACGGUGCACCUGGUAUCCUACCUGCUGUGCAUCCUCCACGUGGACCGUAUAGGAAGAAGACCGCUGAUGAUCACAUCCGUGAUAGGCGUGACAGUUUGCAGCUUCCUCUUGGGCGUUUUCUUCUGCAUGCAAGAACACCACGUGGACGUGACGAGGCUGCAGUGGAUGGCGUUCGUCGCGAUACUGUUCUACGCCGCUAGCAUAUCCCUGGGACUGGCCAGCGUCCCCUUCGUGGUCAUGAACGAGAUUUGCCCGAUGUACGCGAAAGCUACAUGCGUCAGCUUCUGUUUCUGCCUGAACUCGCUCUGGUCGUUCGUGAUGGUGUGCGUGUGGAGCUUCGUAGCGUUCCAACACAGCAUGUACGCCGCCUUUUGGCUCGUUUCCGGUCUCAAUGCAUUCGGUGUUGUGUUCCUGAUAUUUUAUCUUCCGGAGACGAAGAAAAUGUCGUUCUCGCGGAUUCAGGAAGAGAUCGUUUCCACCACGAAACAGUAACCAGUCGAAUGUCACAUACAAAUUGAGGUGUUCUUCCAACGUUGUGGUUCAUCGGACGAUACUGUAUUUAAAUCUUGGCUGUAACGUUGGUAGAACCUUAUCAUCAAUUUAUUAUCAAAUUUUUUUCCCCAUUAAGUAGGAAUAUUUCAAAAUGUAUUGCAACGUUUUGUCGUGCAAUCGUGAGGCUGAAAUCGCUGUUGCUGAAAAUUAGAAGCGUUCGUCGUGGCUGUUACCUAAAAAAAUUUGUAAAUUGUUACAAUUUGUGUUACCAUAAACGAAACGUAAACUUCUAAAUCACGACAAAUUUAUGAAAGUGGAUAUUUCAGCAAAUAAAAUAAUUAUAAAAUAAUUUCCUAUUUCAUUGUAGGUAGAAUUAAAUAUUCUUGCUUCUUCUA